AUGGGGACCUUCAUGGCAGCCGGUAUCAUCCCCGCUUAUGAUGCCUUCGCGGAGCAAUACAACGUCACGGUACCAGAUGCCAGUUACUUAACCUCAUUCCAGAUCCUACUUCUUGGCCUAUCCCCCCUGAUAUGGAACCCCGUCACCGCUGUCUAUGGCCGGUACCAUGUCACGCUCCUAUCGGUAUUGGGAAGCAUGGUUUGCAACAUUGGCGGCGCGAGGUGUACUUCCUACGGUGGACAAAUGGCUACUAGAGUCCUCACGGCCUUUCUGAUCUCCCCUCCUAUUGGCAAUGGGAGCGGUGUAGUAACAGAGCUAUCCGAACCCGAACAUCGGGGAAAGAAGCUAGGCUGGUGGACUCUAAUGACCACUAUUGGCACUCCAGCAGGCCCGUUCUUUAUGGGAUUCGUGAUCAAACAUAUUGGUGUUCAGUGGAUCUUUUGGAUCUUUGCUAUCCUCAACUUUUGCCAAUUUUUGACUUAUCUUGCAAUUGGCGAUGAGACAAUUUAUAACCCCGACAACGAGCGUAAAGCAACUGGAUUUUGGGUUAAGCUAAUCCCACGAAAGAUCAGCUCUAAUUCUCUUAAACCUCUGGAUUUCUUUGCACCGUUUUCUCUGGUGAAGUAUCCACGCAUCCUGAUUAUAGCAUGCGCCCAUGCUAUUACCUUCUGCUAUGGCAACAUUGCCUUGAUUGUUGAAAUGCCUAUCGCGUUUGGCGAGAAGUUUCACUUUGAUGCUCAGCAGAUUGGACUACAGUUCAUAGCUAUUAUCAUCGGUUGCGUGUUAGGUGAACAAGUCAGUGGACCUAUGUGCGAUUGGUUCCUGGAGCACAUUCGCAAAUCCAGGGGCAAGUCGUGCCCGGCUGAUCGUCUGUGGUUGUCCUACAUUUCCUUUGUUACAAUUUUCGCCGGUCUUUUGACCUGGGGCUUCCAGCUACAGCAUGCGACUACAUGGAAUGUCAAACCCUGUGUUGGUGCUGCCAUUUCAAGUUUCGGUAAUCAGAUGCAGACGACGAUUCUCACAACAUUUGCCGUGGAGAGCAGACAAGAACGGGCAAGUCAGGUUGGUGUCUUUGUCAACGUAUGCCGUCAAUUAUAUGGAUUUCUUGGACCGUUUUAUUUCCCAGACAUGUUCACUGCGUUGGGCUUUGGUGGAGCUGCGGGUGUGAUGGUUGCGAUUAUCGGUGGAUGUGCCUUACUUCCAAUCAUUGCAGUCCAAAUCGUUUCGACUCGUGCGGAAAAGCGCUAG